AUGGACACGUACCUCAAGCAACCUGUGCACGACCUUCACAAUGCCGGCCAGCAAGGGGAUCAUGAGCAUGUUAUUCGCCAAUCGACUCUCGCAUUGGACAUGGUCGACUUUCAGUUGUCAUUGCUGGACAUUCGAGCACGAUCGUGGUGCGCAUGUGCAAAGGUUGAGAACGCUUUGGAGGAUACACGUCAUAUGCAGCAACUCGCUCCCUUAUCGCCUCGUGGAUACUAUCGUCAAGGAAAGAUCUAUGCACAGUAUGGUUAUCAUUCAAAGGCGUUGGCGAUAUACAAGAACGCAGGGACCUUGGCAGCAGCAGCAGAUGAUGACGAUGGCUUGCGUGAUGCGGUUGAUAAUGCAAUCAAGGAAUCAACUCGGCAACUAGAAAAGAAGAUUGACAUGAUCGACAAGUUACCCUUGGAUGUUGUACUACGCAUCGCUCCCAUGGUGUUUGGAGAAGACUUUGACCACAAUCAUCAUGCAUGUUUGGAUGUAUCAAUGGCAUGGCGUGAACGUCUUUUGCAGUAUGGACACAUUGCUUAUGGCUUCGACGCGCAAGAACCUGCCAGCAACGCGAUGACUUCUCCUUAUGAUGUAUUAUGGAAUGGACACAAUCAGAUUAUUCAACUUUCACACUACGUUGAAUCAUUAUGCAUCAAAGGCAACAAGGUGCCAUUCUACUUUCUCUUGGAUUGUGCUCAUUUUGAUAGCCUCAAAACGUUACAGUUACAAGAUGAAUCAUUGUUCGGGGAACAAGAAAUAGGCUAUGCAACUUUAAGGGAGCUGAACAGUACAUUGAGACACCUGGAGCUUUGCCUUGCAUUUCAAUCUUAUGAUGAUCGUGAUCCAUCCGUGUUUUUGGAGCGAGUGCUUGGCGUUUCCAGCAACCUUGUUUCACUAAAAACCAACUACGUCUUUUAUCACAAUGUUCAUCUUUCGACAUACCCAACAUUACGACGAUUCGAAUUCAGUCCUCCUGGUCUCUCCAUUAACACCAUCGAUUACAAAAAAUUAUUGCUUGCUUUUCCAUCCUUGGAGCAUUUUUCUGUUCGAUUAAUCAAGGACUCCACGCUGUUGACGCAUAUCGACACCACCUGCCCGUAUCUCCAAUGUCUCGAAUACAACCCCCUUUGCAUCAGUGAUCCAUUACCAAAAGUCACCACCACAACAGUGUCAUCAAAAGGAUUACGCUUCUUGUAUAUCAAUGCGUUUGAUGGUGCAUACAAAAUCGAUGACAUCAUAGCCAUUGUGGUACGACACCAAGACACACUUGAGCAUCUUUCAAUCAACUUGCAGACCGAUAUGGAUCCUAGCCACCUUGAGGAAAAGACAAAACAUCAAAUGCAAUUUUGUCAGCUAGCACACGUUUAUUUUGGUAUCACUAAAGCACCUGGAUGGUCAAGGCAGGCGGUCAAUGAGGGAUUGGUCAAGGAUGCAUGUGAAUUUUUCGACAAUGUGCUUCAAGGGAGCCCCAAUAUUCAGACCUUACGCUUAAGUGGAGACGCCCUGGAUCCUUCAGUACUUCAUCCCUCCCUUGCGCCGACUACAACACAUACGCAGCUUUGUUAUUGGAACCUGCGUUUAUGA